AUGAGUCGCGGCGGCCGCGGUCACCCACCGCGCCGUGCCCUCGGGGCUCAGCCGCCUCUCACCGCGGCCCCGGGGCGGCUGGCGGCGGCGGCGGCGGCGCGGGGCGCGGAGCGGGACGAGUUGGCGGCACUGAACGAUCGCUUCGCCGCCUUCUUGGAGCGGGUGCGGGCGCUGGAGCAGCAGAACGGGGCCCUGAGAGCCGCCCUGGGCCGCGCUGCCGCCGCCGCCGCGCCCCGCGCCGCCGGGCUGGUGCAGGGGGAGCUGCGGGGGCUGCGGGAGCGGCUGCAGCGGCUUGGCCGCGACCGGGAUAGGCUCCAGGCCGAGCGGGACGGGCUGGCCGUCGACCUGGCGGCCCUGCGGCAGCGGCUAGAGGAUGAGACACAGAAGCGGGAGGAUGCAGAGAAGAGCCUGGUGCUGUUCCGCAAGGAUGUGGACGAUGCCACGUUGUCCCGCCUGGAGCUGGAGCGCAAAGUCGAGCUGCUGAUGGAUGAGAUCGGCUUCCUCAAGAAGCUGCAUGAGGAGGAGCUGCGGGACCUGGAGGUGAGUGGCCCAAGCCCAGUGGCGGAGGUGGAAGUCUGCAAACCAGAGCUGACGGCCGCGCUGCGGGAGAUCCGCACCCAGUACGAGAGCAUCGCCGUGAAGAACCUGCAGGAAGCUGAGGAGUGGUACAAGUCCAAGUUUGCAGACCUCUCAGAUGCAGCCAACCGCAACCACGAGGCGCUGCGGAUGGCCAAGCAGGAGAUGAAUGAGUCACGGCGGCAGAUCCAGAGCCUCACCUGCGAGGUGGAUGGGCUGAAGGGCAUGAACGAGGCACUGCAGCGGCAGAUGCGGGAGAUGGAGGAUGAGUUUGGGGAGGAGAUCAUGAGCUACCAGGACGUGGUGGGGCGUCUGGAGCAGGAGAUUCAGCAGAUGAAGGAGGAGAUGGCACGACACCUGCGUGAGUACCAGGACCUGCUCAACGUCAAGAUGGCCCUGGACAUCGAGAUUGCCACGUACCGCAAGCUGCUGGAGGGCGAGGAGAGCCGGAUCACGGUCCCCUUGCAUCCUACCACCUCCUUCAGCAUAAGAAGCUCAGUGCUGGAGCCAAAGCCCACGGAGAGCCCGGUGAGGAGGAUGGUGCUGAUCAAAACCAUCGAGACGAGGAAUGGGCAGCAAGUAGUGACGGAGUCACACAAGGAGCGAGUGGAGCCGGGGCAGUGAUGGAGGGGAUGGGACCACUCCGCACCACCUGACCCAGCAGGGUGGUGGCAGGGGGGAAUCCGCAGGACCCCACGGUGCCCUGUGCAGGCUGGGGAGCAGAGCGUGGGGUCUGCUGCCCUCCACCCCAACCCUGCUGCCAACACCGCAGUGUGAUGCUGCGGCACGUCUCGGUGCCUUGUGCCCCCCCUCUGUUUAUUGCCAUUUAACGCCUAUUUAUUUAUCCACCUCCCAGGACCUCCGUCGCAUUUAACAUUUACCGACUGUCUCUCGUUUCCCUGUCCCGGGGGGUGUCCGGGGAGUCUGCCGAGGCUUCCCAGGGAUGUGGGUCCCGCUGUCCCCAGGCACUGUGUCCCCCACGGAGUCCCUGUCUACUGCCCACCGCCCCCCCGGCUCUGGGGGUGGGCUGGGGGAGAGAAGGGCUGCAGGACGCGGGCGGGGGGGCUCGGGCGGCUGUUCCCUUCCCCUCUCCCCCAUCCUACUUGAGCGGAAAAUAAAAAC